AUGGAAGCUCCAGAGACAGAGACAGAGACGGAGACGGCAGCCGAAAUUGUAUGCAGCGACCAGCAGCGGUUUUGGGCGUGUUUGAGGGAGCAUUACAGCGCGUACGGCAUCACCACUACGUGGGAAUCUCGUCCUGGAGUACGUUGGCCAGCUGGAAGCAAGAAGGUCAACCCGCACGCUCUGUAUGUGGAGAUCAGUGGACGAGGAGGCUUCUUCCACGCAUCGGCGGAUAAGAGGAACUGGUGGGAGGUAGCGAAGAUCGUGGGCGUGCCUCCUGGACUGGCUGGAACCCUCUCGUACCAGGUGAAGCAACUCUACGCUGAGCGGCUGCUGUGA